UAUAGACCUAUCUAAAAUUCUAAAUCUAUAUGAGUAUACAUCUAUAGACCUAACUUGAAUAAAUACAAUUUGCAAUUGUUUGUAAAUUUGCGAAUGUCAACAAUAAUGUGCAAGCUAUACUAAAUCUCUAGUUCUAGAUUUCUUCCUGUGGUUUUGAAUCUGAAUCUUCACACAGGAAUUGUCAGAAUUAACACUUCCGCAAAUGCCAACUUUUAGAGAUCAAAUUUCUUAAAGGAUCAAAGAAAGAUAAUAAUUUAAAAUGUAUGAAUAUUCAAGAGGACCAGAGGAUGUUACCUCUCAAGGAUAUAUCUAUGGCAGUCCUGUACAGCCACCUACCAACAAUAUACAGCAAUCUAAACUACAGGAUAAAGCAGUAUUAGCCUUAGAGGCAGGAAUGGUUGUGACCGUCUAUUCUACUUUAAAACGUAAACAGAUUCUCACUCUGUGUCUACGCUCACAACAAGCAGAGUUGGUUUGUGUCAAUUCUUUGGGUGGAAAGCCAUUGUAUACAGUUGAUUUGUACCAUGUGAAGGGGAUUGUCAAAGACCCUAAACCCAGGCUCGCUCGGAUGUAUGAGGAAACAUCUAAGGAAUGGGUCAACGAGAAUCCAGAUCUUUGUCUCAGUUUGUACUAUGGUACUAACUACAUGGUCAAUAUAAUUACUUUUGUUGCUAGAAACUCUGAAGAUUUUGGUUGCUUAUUACUAGCUCUACAAACUUCACAUAGAAAAUUGAAAGAAGAUUCUUAUUAUGAAACAAAACAAAGGUGGCUGAAUAGAGAAUUUUCUAAAAUUCAGACAUUACACAGAAGCUUGUUAACUAGCCACAAAGAGGGAAAGAAGAAAUAUCAUUUUAGUAAAGAAGAGGUAGAUCUAAGGAUAAAUAUCAAGCAGUUUCAAGCCUGGCUUUCACAUCACACUAACACAAUAGUGCGACACUAUCUAGCACUGAAUAAAGCAAAACUCAAGCUACCAGACUCCUUAGAAAUCCAUCAUUUUGCUGCUCUGCUGAAUGAACUCUUUAAACCAAAUCCUGUUAUUGAGCGACUGCUAAAAGAGUAUGGGCAAACUCUACCAAAUUGUCAAUGGAAAUUGUCUGCAGACUGUUUUCAAGUUUUCUUAAAGUCUGAGCAAAAGGAAGAUGUGAGAGACAAUCUAAAAUCCACAAUGCUAAAAUGUCUGCCUCCAGCAGCCCAAUCUAUAUAUGGAGAGCUCAGCUUUUCUGAGCGUGAGUUUGAGGACUACUUGUACUCUGAGAUGAAUUCUUUACUGAAUCCUAGAGAGCUGGAGGUGCACCAAGACAUGGACUAUCCUCUCUCCUGUUACUGGAUUGCCUCAUCACACAACACAUAUUUGACUGGUGACCAAUGGAAAAGUGAGUCUCAUGUUGAAACUUACGUCAGAAGUCUACAAAUGGGUUGUCGCUGUCUUGAAUUGGACUGCUGGGAUGGACCUGAUGGUAAACCUAUUAUAACACAUGGCAAGACUUUUACAACAAAAAUUAAAUUUUCAGAUGUAUUGCAAACUAUUAAAGAACAUGCAUGGAUUGCUUCAGAAUACCCAUUGAUAUUAUCUAUUGAGAACCACUGUAAUCUUUCACAACAGAGAAUUAUGGCCCAACUGUUAAAAGAUGUAUUCAAAGAGGAUUUGUUAACUGAUCAAAUAGAUGUGAAUGAGACUCAGCUUCCUUCCCCAAAAAAAUUAAUGAGAAAAAUUAUACUUAAGAACAAAAAACUUGGUCGUGUGAAUGAUAAUAGAAAUUAUGUUGAUAUGAGUGAACUGUUGGAUGAAAAGAAGCAUGCUUUGUUAAUGAUGACCUAUGCCACAAAAACGAAAUGGAAAGAAUUUGCUGUAGUGCUGAAUGACACACACAUUUGCUUUGCACCUCACAUUCAAAGCUUGGAAGAGGAACAGCCAGUAGAAGAAAUAGAUGAGGAUCUCAUUGAUCACGAUUUUGAGAGUGACGAAGAAGAUGAAUCAGAAGACUUUAGCUCUUUAAUGUGGUAUCAUGGCAAAAUCAAACGUGAUAUGGCUGCUAUUUUGCUUAUGGAAAACAGGUCUCAUGGAGAUGGAACAUUCCUGGUUCGGGAAAGUGAGAGUGGUGGCCUUGCAAUGAGCUUCCUUGUGCAGGGAAAGGUCACACACAGCAAGAUUCAGUGCCAUGAAAAACCUGAUGGACAAAAGCGUUAUUUGAUUGGAAAUGAAAUAUGGCAUAACAGCCUCAAUGAAAUGAUCCGAUAUUAUCGAGACCACAAAUUGACCUACAAAGAUAAAAAAAUCAGUUUGAAGUUGAGCUAUCCAAUCAAUAAAGAAUUAGGGUUUGAACAUGAAACUUGGUUCUUUAGAUACAUUGAUAGGUCCAGUGCUGAAGAUUUCCUUAAAAGAAUACCACAAGAUGGUGUUUAUCUAAUACGACCAAGCUCAUUAGAUAGUUGUUUCUCUCUCACAUUAAGAUAUCAUCGCAGAAUCUCUCACUAUCAGAUAGAAUACAAAAGAAACAAGUUUGUACUGGGAGGAAAAUAUCGUUUUGCCACAAUGCAGAAACUGAUUGAGUAUUUCACUUUGCACCCACUGUACAAGACAGCCAGGCUGAAGUUGCCAGCAUCCAUGGACAAGAUGGAAGAAACAGCUGAUGAUGACUUAUAUCAUGUGCCAGGGGAUUACUCAGAACUCUCUUUAUCAGAAAAGCUGGCAACUGUGGUAGCACUGUACGAUUUUCAUGGCAGUAAUUCAGAUGAAUUGUCCUUUAAAAGAGGAGCUCAUAUAAACAAUGUCUUAAUAGCUGAUGAACUCUGGUGGAGAGGGGACCAUGGUGGAGAUGUUAAUAAAUUAUUUCCUGCCAAUUAUGUCCAGGUCUUAGGCCAUGAACAGAGUGUAGAGAAUGUCGACUCAGAUGGGCCAGGAGAAGAGUUUCUUCGACUGUCAGACUGUUAUUUUGAUGAGAGCACGACUUACUCCAGGGAUGGCAUGCACUACUUCACUCUGAUCAACCCCAACCUUGUCUCUAACGUUUACAUUGGAUCCAAAGUCAAAGCAGAGGCUGAUGACUGGCAUCGUCUGCUGUGUGAAUCCAAAGCUAAGAUUGGAGAAGAGUUUGAAAAAAAACAAAAAGAAGAAAAGAAUCGAAACAUUGCACAAGAAUUAUCUGACCUUGUCAUUUAUUGCCAGGCAGUUCCAUACAAUCCAUCAAGACCUGGCAAGUUUAGUGAAAUCUCUUCAUUUAGUGAAGAGCGUGUUAGCAAAGAUGACAGAGAACUUAUCCGCUACAAUCAAUACCAGAUUAGUCGAGUAUAUCCUAAAUUUUUAAGAUGGACUUCCACAAACUUUGACCCAAUACCUAAAUGGAACUAUGGGUGUCAGAUGGUGGCUUUGAACUACCAGACUCCUGAUAAGCCUAUGCAGCUUAAUCAAGGAAUGUUUUUACAAAAUAAAAGGUGUGGCUAUGUGCUAAAGCCUAGUUUCAUGAACAAUUCCUCUUACAACCCCAAUGACCUUCUAACCUUAAGAAACUAUGUGGAUUGUAUGGUACUCACAGUGCAUGUAUUAGGGGCGCGCAACUUGAGUGUACUGAACAGUGGUGUUGGGAUUAUGCACCCUUAUGUUGUGGUGGAAGUGUUGGGCCUCCCUUUAGACAGUCAGAGAGAGAGAACCAGAAUGUUAAAUGAUAAAAAUAGUUUAAAUCCUGUAUGGAAGAAUGAAAUCUUUAGUUUCCAAAUUUCUUGCCCUGACUUGGCCUUCAUCAGAUUUGAGAUUGGCACAGAGUUGAAUGAGACUAUCUGUCAGGCCCAAGCUACGUUUCAUUUGAAGAGCAUUCGACCAGGUUUCAGAUCCGUCCAGCUAUUGAAUAAUUUCAGUGAACCAUUUCCUCACUCAUCUUUACUGGUUUACAUUGACAUGAAAAAUCCAAAGGAGGAGGAAGAGAAGAAUGUGUUCCGCAUAGUAGAGGAAACACGAAAACUCUAUGAAGAGCUCAGUUCCUCAGAUGUUGAUGAGCGUCGAAGGGAGCAGCUUCAACAGACAGAGAAGAAAUUACUUGAGUAUUUGAAUCGCAGCAGAAACACUGGAGCUCAGAGAAUUUGGCGCAGAUAGCUUAUCUUUUAUCUGUAACAGACGCAGCACAUUUACAAAUCAAAAAACUCUUUUAAAUGAGUUGAAUGUGAACUGUUUCUGUCUUUUGCAUUGCGAGAAAGGAAUCCAAUCUAAGACUUUCCACACACGCAUGCUACUUCCGAAAGCUGAAAGAUAAAGCAUGAGCUUCUAUGUCCUACGCACCUGCAUCAUAUGUAUUAUGCUAUUAUGUUUCUGCUUUUAUUAUGAGAAUCUAAAGUCAGAUCAUGUUAAAACUAUAAAACUGUAGUUCCCAAAAAUCCAGGUAUUGUUGGAUGUCUAGUUCAAAUAAAAUGCCAAGCCCUGUUGCUACACUAAAUUGGUUCUUUCUAUCCAAUAUGUAACUUAGUUGUUUUUUUCUCUUGUUUAUUUUCUUUCCUGCUAAAAGCACUGUUAACGGAUCACUCUUAACUGAUCACAAACAUUAUUGAUUCUACUCAUAAAAAAUAUAUAUAGAAGGUAAAAAGAACUGACAAAAAAAAAAGACUGAAUCAGAUUGAUAUGAAGCUUAUUAUAACUCUAUUUAUAACUGUUCAUUAUUACUUUUUGUAAAACCUUUUCUGCUUUCCUGCAAUCUAAUCAAUGAAAUGAUAACCCUCUCAGGAGAUGAAAUAUUGUUUAAACUUUAUUUUCUUUAUUUCAGACAAAAAGAUUGCCACUAAACCUACAUAGACUUAGUGAUUUUGAUGAACUAAAAUUAGUUUUAGUGAAAUAUCUCCAUUGGAGUAAUCUUGUUUUUGUAUAUAAAGGGAUGUAACUCAGUACUCUGCUAAUUGUAUUUUUGAAUUUAUUUUCCAUUGUCAAAUUAUUAACAGAUUUUGUCAUCAGAGCUGAAUGGUAAUCCAAAGCUUUCUUUAAUUCCUACAAACAAGAGUUACUUAUUCAUAUGAAACAUAAACUUUUAGAAUCUAAGGUUGAACUUAAAAGCACUAACUAGUACCAUUCAAUGCAUAUCAAAACUUUUUUUUUUUUUUUGCUUUAUUUUGUAACAGAAAACAAGUUGCAUUCUAAAUGUUUUUCCCAUAGUUGUUUUCCCAUGCAAUGUUCAUAUUUGAAGUUGUAGACCUUUAUGUUUUUACUUUUGAUAUUUUUUUUUAGCUAAUUUUUUUAAAAAGCAAAAGAAAGAUAUUGGGGUAAUUGUAAAUGUUCAAACUAUUUUGCUCAAAGUUCUACUGUUAUCAAGUUACUUUUGUUUCUGUGAUAUACACUAAGUAUUUUAUAGCCAUGCUUGUUGAUAUAUCUAUUAUAUAUAAUUGAAUAUAUGUAUGUCUCGCAGCAAAGAAAUCAAAACAGUUAAAGCAAUCUUGAUCAAACUUGGCAUUAAUGUUCCUUAGAUCAUGGCAGAGAGUGUAGUGUAUGUUCAAUAUCCCUCCCACAACCGUUGGCCCUAAAAAUAAAAAAAUACCUAAAUUUAACUUUUUAACAAAUCUGGUAAACCUGUUUUCCCAGUAUUUUAUAUUUGAAAUGAAUAUGUCAUCUAAAUGUUUAAACCCAUUUGUGCACUCUGCUUUUAUUUGCGUGAUAAAAUUAAAUAAAAUAUGUGAUGGGAACAUUGGCUAUGUGUAACAUAUAUCUAAUCCACUAGAUCAGUAAUACCCAAACUAAGGCUCUCUGGCUGCGGGUCAUAUGCCGCUAGUUUGUUUCUAAAUGUUGCACACACAAAAAUAUAUAUUACCGAGUAAUAAUAAAAUAUGUCUAUAUAUUAAUUCUUUUGUCCUUGAAAUGAAGAUGGAAGUUUGAUGACCAGACCUGGUUUUAAAUAUAUAAUUCUACCCUUUUUAUAUUUUAUUUUUGUUUAAUGUUGGCCCUUUAGUGCCAGUGAAGUGUAAAUAUUGUUACCAGUGUUUGUAUAUUACUGGAACAAACAAAUAUCAUGUUCCUCAUAUCAUAUAUUUGUUCAAAUGUUUGCUUUCUUUGCAUGUAUAUUUGUUUAUGUGAUAUACAUUUUAUUUGUAAAUAGAUUCGGUUCUUGUGCUAAUUUUACUGUCAGUGGCACAGAUAUGAAGAAAGAUAUUCUGUAUGAUUUACACAUAUUAUUAUUCGCCAAUUUUUGAUUGAAAUUUUCUUCAGUUGUAUUAAAUAGCUUUAGCCACAAGUAAAGAGAACAAAAUAGGAUAGGAACGUUUUUCCAGCUGAUAAGAACAAUUAGCUUCCGUGUAAAAUGUCUAUAUCUUCUUGUCCUUGAAAGAGGCUCUGCUGAUCACUUCAUAGCUUCCAUACAAUAUACAGCAGACACAUUUCCUUUUAACACUCUGAGGAAACUCAUAAUGGAAUGGGACACAAAGGGAAUUCUAAAUUUGCCAGAACCAAGCAUAGUAAGUACCUAGGGGCAGUAACCUGUUCUUUUUCAUAGAUUUAUCAAAGUUAUGUCUACUUAUUGCUUGUUCUUUCCUGCAUCUUAAAUUUGUUACAAGAUUUUGUAAAUAUGAGGUAAAUCCUCCUUUUUUUUUUUUUAACUCUGAAAGCAAACAUGUCUCUUGUAGACAAAUAUAUUUCUUAUAUGAUGGAAUAAACAUUAAGUUCUGGUUUUCUUUGUACCUGUAAGCUAGAGUGACAGUCCUUCCACUUCACAGGGUGGUCACCUACUAGGAAUAUAUAGAAAUUCCCUGUAGUUGCACUGUCUCUGGUCACUCUUAUAAGGCCCCUCCUGGACCACAGUGUGACCCAACCCAGUCAUGGUCUCAUCCAUUGUGGAACCUUCAGAUAGGACUAGAGGUGAAGAGCUCCUAAUUCACACCUUUCCGCUGACAGAAAUCCUUCUCAGCAGUCAGGAAUCAUGGGGACUUACUGAGCUCCUAUUUCUUAUUGGACAUUUUUGAAGUUUAUUGUUACUUGCUUAAAGAAGAUCUAGCAAUUUUCAUUAGUUUGUUUUUUUUUAAACUUUAUUUAGAAUCUAUUGCACAUUUUUACAGCAGCUAUAAUUGAUAAGUACAGAGGUCUAACAUGUAUGUAUUUAUAAAAUGGAUGUCAAAAUUUAUAGAACACAUCACAUCUGUCAAAAAACUGAACUAAUUUUUUACAGUCAGUGUAGAGUUAACUUCACUACAUUUGAUAAUCUUUAUCAGCAAUGCCCAUAUCUUUAGUUUAAUAGUUUCUUAUGCACAUUGUACAGACAGUUUAUUAAUCACUAGACUGCAAAAUAAACUUUUUUUUAUUUUUCUUAAUUUGUUUCUAGUUUAGUUUUAAAUCAUAAAUAAGAAAAUAAAGUUUCUGAGUUGUUUUUGGCUUAAGGUUGAGUAUCUUUGUAUUUAUGUAGCAGUACUGAAAUAAAAUCAUACAGUUGAGUGCUUUGUGUGUAUAUAGUUAAUGAAACACUAUGCCAUAACUUAAAAGAAAUAUUGUACCUUUAAUUGAUACUACAGUCAAUUGUAGUUAAUUAGACCAGCCUCUUAUUAGGACCAAGGGACACGGUGGCAGAGUGGUAAAGCACUUGGCUUCCCAACUGGGGGUCCCCGCAUUCAAAUCCUGGUGGACUGGGAUUUUAAAUUUUUGGAUCUUUGGGCACCUCUGAGUCCACUCAGCUCUAAUGAUACCUGACAUUAAUUGGGGAAAAAUAAAGGCGGUUGGUCAUUGUGAUGGCCACAUAACACCCUCGUUAACUGUAGGCCACAGAAACAGAUGACCUUUACAUCAUCUGCCCUAUAGACCACAUGGUCUGAAAGGGAAAAUUUACUUUUGAUUAUUAGGACCAAAUCAUAAAGUACCGGUACCAAAACAAAUCCUUUUAUACAGUUGAUUCCAUUUAAACAGACCAGCGAGUUAUUAGGACCAAAAGAAUCAUCUCCCAAUGUGGCCAAUGUAUAUAAAGAGUAAUUUUGUAAUCAUGAUGGCAUUGAAACCUGAGCAUUGUCCUCAAUGAAUUAGAUGUUGACAGUUUUAAAUGUCUAAAUAAAUGGACUUUCCAUGCUGCAUUUUUUUAUUAUAUUUUUUUUUUCAUGAAUUUAGCAUUUCCUUUGUUAUGAAGAAAUUUGUUAAUAAUUGUUUUGUGAAUAGGCUACUAUACAAACUAUUGUAGCAACAUUACAAAAUCUUUUGUAUAUUUAAUUUUUGAUUUUAUAUAUAUAUAUAUCCAAUUCAACAAUUUCAUUUACAUAUAGAGUAAAGUGCAAAGUUCGAAAUUAUUAAGCCCGCAGGCAGCAAUUUUCACGUUUGGAUUUUUAUAGCACCGUAACGGUCUGACCUAUGAAAAAACUGAUGGUAUCUCUGAAUUCCUCGUCCUUUUUUCUAUAAAAAUAGAUCGAAUUUAAUGUAUCACUAGGCUUCGUUAAAAUUAAUUAUGAGUUCAAAGAGGUGUAGGGUAGGUAUCACCAAGCGUGCUUUACCGCGAGCGGAUUUUUCCCCAGUUAGUAAGCUCGAAUGGGUUGAUGGAAGGUUCGAACAGAUCAAAGAAAAUAUAUCUAAAAACAUGUUUUAAUAUUUAAUUUUCACUAUAAAGUCAUUUUCUUUUUACUCCAGCGCAAGAACACCAUCCAUUGCACCAUUUCUCACCCUCCACAACUUCAAAUAGUCUCUUUAAGCUGAUGAGCAAUCAGACUUAAAAAUAGCCUUAAGCCCAUUACCCAUUUCCUUCACUACCAGGUAGUAAAAAAGAAUAAUUCCACACCUCCUGAGUUUGACCUCACCAUGAACUUAGCCUUUACAAGGAAAAGGAAAUAGUAUGUGUCGGAAGUAAAGAAAAAAGGUGCAUGCGCAGUACCAAUAUAGUAGUAAUUUGGUAAACAUUCAAAUAAAAAAGUUUUAGCAAUAAAAAGUGAACUGUUCGAACCUCUUGACAAAUCGGGGCUGCUCGAACUUUGCACUUUACUCUAGGGUACAUUUUUUUUUUCAAACUUCUAACAAUCAAUCUUUAAAAAAAAAUGUAUUUCUUCAGGCCUUUUUAUUGUUUAUUUUAGAUUUUUUUUUAACUUGUUCUGUCAUUUUUUUUAAUGAAAAAUCCAAAAAAAAAUGUCCUUUUGUUCAGUAAAUUAUUAGAUAUAUUCAAUAUAUAUAAUUCUCUUCGUCGCCCAACCAUGUGGGACACCACACACGCACGCCGACUCUCUAACCCCAUUAUAAAAAGGGUCUUGAAAAGAUGACUCUUUUAUUUCUGCAAGAUAAACUAGAGUUACCCCAAGUAACUUUCGUGGCUACAGAGAGCACGGCUCAGAAAAAAAUAGGGGGGGGGGGGGGGAGAACAAGUAAUCUUUCUCUUUACGUUCUAUAUUGGACUACAUUUACGUGUGUAUUUUUUACACAUGUCAAUAUCUGGUGUCAUUAGAAUAGUUGCAUGUUUUUUCUGUACCUUUGUUUUGAUUUUGCCCCUUUGAUUGUCCUUUGUUUCCUAACCAUGACCACCGCUUCACAUAUAUUUCGUGGAGUCAACAGAUCUUUCAAUGUAGUCAAAAUUCCUGUAUCAGGUAACUGUUUAUUUCUAUCAGUUGCAUAUUUCUGGAAAAAUGUCAUCAACAAAACUGUUGCUCUCAAACUUCGCUGUAAGCUUUGUUUGCUAACAUUGGGAUAACUAUGGCGACGCCCUCUCCGUUGUUCUUAUUCACUUAAGCAUAGUCAUACACUCUGCUCGACAAUAAAUAGAGCACUCAGUAAUGUUUGAUGUUGCAUCAGGGGUUUUGUUUUCUUGUUAAAGAAUUUGCUAAACAUACAAAUAACAAAUUCAUUUGUAGCACUAUCAUUUUUUUUAGUGCUCAGGCACCAUAGUUCUCUUUUGAUUAGCUUAUCGUGAAUUUCCCAUUAUAUUUCUUCCAUACUGACACAACUAUUCACUAAUUAUAACAGUAGUUUUUAGAAAUAAUUAGCCAGUUUAUUAUUAUAUCUGGCACAGUGCAUGGCAAAAAAAACAAUCAUCCACUAUGUAGAACGAGAUAAUUUAAUCUCAUUAGUUUUUUACUUGUCACCUUGCAUACAUAUGUACUAACCUUUUGGUUACAAACUUUUCUGCAGGCUACUAAGAACUUUGUCUUUGUUAAAGUCUUUCUGGUGUCCAUUUUAGUUUUUACAAUGUAUUUGGGCAUUGUCUUCAUGUCUUAAUAUAUAAGAUAGGUUCAGUAUUUCAUGUGGCUACGUAGACCCAAUUCCAACAUGCAUAUUUUGUCACACAUUAUGCAGACAGAGCUGUUGUCUGCCAGGGAGUCUAUACAAAUGCUAUAAAGAAUUUUUUUGUUACUUUAAACACUUUGCUUUUAUGUACAAGGCUUUUAUUUACACAUUUUUUUUUAUGUGCACAUACAUCUAAGAUUAACAUGCACAAAUAUGUUACAACCUUACAAGCCCAAAUAAUAAUAUGAUUACUCUCUGGGGCCUGUGUUUUGCUUCCCAGAAAUUUCUUAAUUCAUCCUCAGACUUUUACCUUAUAAAAAAAGUCUUCCUUUGUGCCUCAUUAAACCUAAUAAAUCUUUAAACUUAAACAUCUAAAAAAAAAAAUUUCUUUUUACUAAGUGCCUUGUUUUCAUUGUACCAUAGUUCUAUUGUAUCAUGUAAUGUAAAACUAAAUCAGUUCAAACUCUUGAUAUUAUGAAUAUAUUUUUUUUUCUUGCCAAAAUAUUUGUCACACACAGCCUUUUAAUUUUUACAUUCAAUCUUUACUACGAUCUUAUAAUUCAAAUUGAACUAAUUCUUUAUUAAUAAAAUUAUUUUUAUAUCUAAUAUUGUGUGGUUUUUAUGUUUACUUUACCGGGAUGUAAUGUUAGGAAAAUCUACAUAUAGCAUAUAGUGUUACAUGGGGAUUUUUUUUUAAUUCACCUUUAUAUCAGUAUAUAUUUUUUUAAGAACAGAGGUUUUUUUUUACAAAUAUUAUAACAACUCACUGUCUGUCUAGUAAAAAGUUUGGAUGUUUUUUCUCCCAUUUCCCAUUCUUGGAUGAAGUUAGCAUUGCACAGUUAUUCAUUGUACCUGACAAUACAUGAUACAAUGUUAAAAAAAUU